CCUAUGGGGCGGAGCGAGCCCGGCAGCACCUGGCCCAGGUGAACGAGCUAGGCAGCCGCCUCCGCCGCCGCAGCCCAGCGGAGGAGCGCCGAGUCUUGCGACUGGGCUGAAGACGCCGCUGAGAAAGACAGCCCGCUCGGUCCCGGGUCCCUGGCCGAGAGCUGCAGCCUGAUAAUGGCAUUACACCCACGCAGAGUCCGACUGAAACCUUGGCUGGUAGCUCAGGUAGACAGUGGUAUGUACCCAGGCCUUAUAUGGCUUAACAGGGAAGCAAAGCGAUUUCAGAUCCCGUGGAAGCAUGCAACUCGGCACAGUCCUCAGCAUGAAGAAGAGAAUACUAUUUUUAAGGCUUGGGCUGUAGAGACAGGAAAAUACCAAGAAGGAGUUGACGAUCCUGACCCUGCAAAAUGGAAAGCUCAGCUCCGAUGUGCUCUCAACAAAAGCCGAGAAUUUAACCUGAUGUAUGAUGGCACCAAAGAGGUGCCAAUGAAUCCGAUUAAAAUUUAUGAAGUAUGUGAUAUACCACAAUCCCAGGGAGCAAUCAUUAAUCCAGGCUCCACUGGUUCAGCUCCAUGGGAUGAGAAGGAUAAUGACCUUGAUGAUGAAGAUGAGGAUGAUUUAAACCAAUCCCAGAAUGUAACCAUACAGGAUACUUUUCCAUUUCUUAAUAUCAAUGAUUCCCCAAUGGCACCGACCAGCGUGGAGACCUGCAGCUCUGAAGCUGUCUGGCCAAAGAAUGAGCCUCUGGAUAUGGAGAUGCCACCACCAGCUCUUCAGCAUGACAUGUUCAGCUCUCCUGAGCUCUGGAUUAGCUCUCUUCCAAUGACAGACCUAGAAAUCAGGUUUGAGUAUCGAGGCAAAGAGUUUGGGCAGACAAUGACUGUGAGCAACCCUCAGGGCUGCAGACUCUUCUAUGGAGAGCUGGGUCCUAUGCCCGAUCAAGAAGAACUCUUUGGCCCAAUUAAUUUGGAGCAAGUCAAAUUUCCGGGGCCAGAACAGAUCACAAACGAAAAGCAAAAGCUCUUCACAAGUCGACUGCUUGAUGUCAUGGACAGGGGUCUGAUCUUGGAAGUCAGUGGCCAUGCCAUUUAUGCCAUCAGGCUCUGCCAGUGCAAAGUGUAUUGGUCUGGACCAUGUGCACCUUCUUCCACAACACCAAACUUAAUUGAAAGACAAAAGAAAGUCAAACUCUUCUGUCUGGAAACAUUCCUGAGUGAACUGAUUGCCCACCAGAAAGGACAGAUUGCUAAACAGCCACCAUAUGAGAUCUACUUUUGUUUUGGAGAAGAAUGGCCAGAUGGAAAAUCGAAAGAGAGAAAACUGAUCGUUGUUCAGGUAAUUCCAGUUGUAGCUCGGAUGAUCUAUGAGAUGUUCUCUGGUGAUUUUACCCGCUCCUUUGACAGUGGCAGCGUGCGGCUUCAGAUAUCUACCCCUGACAUCAAGGACAACCUUGUUGCUCACCUGAAACAAGUCUAUCAUAUGUGGCAGAAUCAUCAGGGAGGCUGGCCAAUGCAGCCGCCAAGUGUUCAGAUGCCACCAACCCUCACAGCACAAUGAUGAUCAGUCAGGCUUUGCCUGAACAAGGAACUGCCUGCGUGGAUAAAUGGCACGGAUGGUGUGGUCCUGAUUAAGAACAGCUUUAUUUCAAUUUAUUUUAAACUAUCCUCAACUGAGUUAAAUAGAAAGAAAAAUGAAUUAUGUAUAAUGUAAUCUGGUUUAAAUCUUCACUUUGCAUUAUCGCAGACCAUAUUUUGCAUGUAGAAAAGAACCUCUAUGGGAUUUUACCUCUUUUUACUUGGACAGUUUAUGUAAAUAAAUAGAACAAUUUUUUA